CUACUUACACUCCAUUUCUCACACAGACACUACUACUGAUUAUAAAAACACAAUUCCACACAUUUGCCAUAUUCAACAACGCAAGAUAAAUGAAGUACAUACUAUUUUUUAUUUGGCUGCAUAGCUGCACGGUAUUUUUUUGUCUGGCUGGCAUAUAUUAUGUAAAAGUAGGAGAGCCGGUUACUUGUGAAGUUGAAUUAAAUGCCUCAUAUAAUGGAGAUAUUACGUGGGAUUUAAUAACAGUCAAUGGAACAAUUAAAAACAUCGCGACCUGUGGUAUCCGUUCGGAUUGUCGAGUACACUACGAUCAAACAAACUAUCAAGCCUCAAGGCGAUUUAGUAAAAGAUUGUAUCAACCAUUCUCUACGGUAUACACCCUGAAAGUAGAGAAACUUUCAAAGGACAUUAUAAAGCUGAAUUGUUUAUAUGGCUUAGAUCAACGUUUAGAAAUUGAAAAUUGUUUCUGCAGUUUUGUAUUUGGAGUUCCUCCAACAUAUUCUUCAGACAAAUCUUACUUCGAUCGCUCUGAUAUUCCUUUUAUAGUUGUACCUUCAAUUGGAGGGUUGCUGUUUAUCUUGAUAUUUUGUACGGCUUGCUGUUCUUCCAUUUGCAAACGACGAAAAGUAAAGACCAGAACAGCACAUACUCGCACCAUGCGUAACCGAGGCACAAACACCAUCUUCACGGUUGAGCAAUCUCCGAAUCUGCAUCAUACAGAAACACAGACUGAGUCCAUAUUGUCUCAGUCGACUACCUCUUUCAGUACACUUCCCCUCAUCUCAAACAUUCCUCUUCGUCACACAACGUCAUAUCGAAACGACUCCAACUUGAACGAAAGAGGUCAACAAAAUAACCUCCGGAUGUCUGACGAUUACCCACCAUCAUAUUCUAGCCUUUUCCGUUCUGUUUGACCUAUUCGUCACACAACGACACGGCAAAGCAUCAACACACGUCACACAACGUCACGGCAAAGCGUCAACACACGUCACACAACGUCAUGGCAAAGCAUCAACACACGUCACACAACGUCACGGCAAAGCAUCAACACACGUCACACAACGUCACGGCAAAGCGUCAACACACGUCACACAACGUCAUGGCAAAGCGUCAACUCACGUCACACAACGUCACGGCAAAGCGUUAACGCAUCUCAAACAACGUCAUGGCAAAGCGUCAGCUCUAGUCACACAACGUCAUGGCAAAGCGUCAACUCACGUCACACAACGUCACGGCAAAGCGUUAACGCAUCUCAAACAACGUCAUGGCAAAGCGUCAGCUCACGUCACACAACGUCACGGCAAAGCGUCAACUCACGUCACACAACGUCACGGCAAAGCGUUAACGCAUCUCAAACAACGUCAUGGCAAAGCGUCAGCUCACGUCACACAACGUCAUGGCAAGGCGUCAACUCACGUCACACAACGUCACCUUCAAAGCGUUAACGCAUCUCAAACAACGUCAGGGCAAAGCAUCAACUUACGUCAAACAACGUCACUCGACAAGGCCAUUCCAUGCAAUAUAAAAGCAGGUACAAACAUAAUGCAUGAUCCUAACGGCAGUUACCUGUGGCGACCUUGCAAGAACCAUGGGAUACAAACACAGAUGUCUUGUAGUGGAGAGAAUCUAAAUCUGACGAAACAUAUUAUGAUGAAUUCAGAACUAAAUGAAGAAAGACAAUGUAAAAUAAAUGGAGACAAGCGAGUUGACGAGAUUCCUUCCAUAGGAUUGUUGACAUGGAAUAAAAACGUGCUUUUUAGAUUUAGACCGUAAAAAAAAAUAAAAAAUAAAAACUUAAGCCUAAAAUUAAUUUAGAAAUUUUAUAUUUUUAGAAUAAAUGCUAUAAAAGUUGCAAAUCCAGAGAACUUGAAAAUAAUUUGUUGAGUUUAAGGCUACAUUUCUAUUUAUUUUCAUCAAGCCUAAGUUUUAACCGGAUGUUUCACUUUCGUAAGACAAAUAUUGAUUGGCUGUACAGUAACUUAGUGAUCGAUAACUAUUUGUUUACAAAACUUUGCAGAUCAAGUUUUUUAAAUAACAAUGCAAAUUUAAAACCCCAUGACCUAGUUUUCUAUUUUUAGCUUACAAUGUGUACAAUAAAAUUUAUGCCGGCCUAUCGAAUAGCCGGAUGCCAUUGUUUAUGUCGCCAUUACACGUGAAAACCAAAUUGUUUUUGCUUUUUUUUUAAUUUUUAUUUAGUUACCGAAAAUGUUAAAAACAACAAAUACGUCAAAUCUUUAGCAAAGUCCGAAAAAAACCAGACAGACAGGAUUUUAUAACCAUAUUAAUUGUAACUACGCCGUGCAAGAUUUUUAAAUUAAUUUAUGCACCUCUCAAAUACCUUUGUGACUUUUAUCACUGGCGUCCAUUGAAUACUAAUAAAUUGCAAUAUACAGAGUGCUCUACAACACGUUUUGCUUAUACAAAUACCAAUAAAAUAAGAAAACAAUCACACUCAGAUACACUAUGUAAGCCUAUACAGUAUUCAUAGGAAUGCAUAGGAAGGAUUUUCUAUGAUUUAAGUUUAUAGUGCUUAUAAGCAUUGUACUAAAAUACAUUUUUAUCAUGGUUAUUUUACAGACGAUGCUUUUGAUGUGUAUAAAAUAAGAAUCAUGUGUCUUAUACAUUUAAGUACAAUUUUAAUGUUGUAUCCAAAGUAUUUAUCCAGUGAACCAUGCAUCGGAGUGGGUUUUCUAUAAUGUGCUUUUUAACAUUGUAUCAGAUUGUUAAUCUGGUGUGUAUACAUUCCAAUUGUGUUACCAAGUUCUGUUUUAGUAUAUCCCUUAUGUUACAUUUCAUUUGUUCUAUUGUCACGUCGCAGGCUUAUUUUUUUCAUUCUCUUAAAAGCUGUUGGGUUGAAUAUUAUUAAGUAUGUAGACAUCGAAGAAAAUAUCCAAUUACAUUUGAAAUCUUGCACGAAGGUUUUGAAAUGCUAUUUUAAGACAAUAAAUGUAUAUUUUGAGGUUUCAUUUCGUA